AUGAAGUUCGGUAUAUAUGGAGCGUCAACGUCUACUUGGUCUUCUGGGCCUUUUCCCGCACGGAACCUACCCAGAGAACAUGCAAAAGGUGGUUUCUCUUUCAAACUACGGAAAAGCAGGACAAUUGGUGCAUUCCUGGUGUUUAUUCUUUGGGGACAGGUAGCCCUGGAUAUCACGAUUGUGCCCCGAGUUGUCAAUGUUCGAUACGACGCAAUCUGUGACACCCGUGAGACGAGCAUCGCUGUUUUGUAUUUUAGGUAUGACUUGAUGAAGCUUAGAGCUCCUAUUGUCAGAGUCGUCACUCGGGAUGGGGCAUGGAUCAUGUUCAUAGUUUGCGGAGUAUUUGCCGGGAUCACUCCCGUUGCUGUUCGCAAUCAAGUGUCUAAAGCUCAUAUGAUACUCGGGUGGCCUAUAACAAUCUUGUCUGUGGCGUCCUGUCGAAUGAUUAUGAACAUGCAAACACUAGACCUUUCUUCAACGACCACUACGGACGUCGAACACGACUCAGUGACUUUGACAGAGCUUGAUACUCUUCAGAUUGAAUUACAGGACAUGUAG